CUGUUUUGUACGUUCUACAUACUGAUCUAAGGAUCAGCUGGAGGCAGCAAUAAACAAGAGGGACAUCUGCAGCGGGGUUGAAAAAAAAGGAUAGGAAAGGAGCGAAAAGCUGCAGAUAUUAUGAUCUGAAACAGUGUAACAUUUUACACGAAGACCUUCUUCUGAGAAGAAAGCCUUUUAUUUUUAUACGAUGGUGUUUUAACUACCUCACUAAAGGCUAUUUAAAGCUAUGCUUUAAGAAUUUUCGAUUCUACUGUGUGGGAUCUCGUUUACAACUUGAAUAAUUUCGCAAAGGCAGGCCUUUGCUAUAAACCAAGUGAAACCUUAUAUUUGCACUACUGAAGCCCCAAGCUCCCGUUGUCCAAUUCAAGAACAAGCAAGGGCUUUGAGUGAAGAAAAAAAAAAAAAAGUAAUAAUACAUGACUCUAAGUUAUAUUCAAAAGUGAAUACCAUUCAAAGGCAGCUACAGCUUUUUUUUGUUUGACAAAAAGCCUGCAAGUCAACACUUGACAUACAGUCAUGUUUCAACGUCUGAGCAACCUGCUGUUUGGGGAGGUGGAAGAGGUGGUAGCUGAGCUGAAGGGACCAAAGCCCUGUGUUACAGAGGCUGACGAGGAAGGAUGGAUGCUUGUCAACCUGCCUGACAAAUCUGAGGAUGAGACACAAGCUCAAUUUAUCGCACAUCCAUUUCUGGACAGUAACCAAUCAAAUCACAAAGACACUGAGACACGGACUGAAUGCCAAACAUCCAUUCUCCGCCCACUAAUUAAGCGCCGUAGGACACGUAAAAGUCAGACGCAAGGGGCAGUAGCAUCAUCAGAAUCACUGUCUUGCCCAAGACGGGCCAGACUGUCCACAGCUUCCUCCGCCCAGUCAUCUUCUCCUCCUGGGAGCGAGUGUGGGGGCAGUGGGGGAAGCAGUAGAGCAGGCUCAGAGAGAGGCUGCAUGGAUGAGAGCUGGUUUGUCACCCCUCCCCCCUGUUUCACUGCAGAAGGAGCGACUGCGGAAGCGAGCCCAAUGGAAGACCUGCUCAUCGAGCACCCCAGCAUGUCAGUGUACGUCUCCCCAAACAACCUCUCCAUCGUCUCCAACAGCAACCUCUCCGUGGUGGGCGAGGAAAGCAUUGUGAGCCUGGCAAGCAGUGUUAGCAGAGUGGCUGAGCCCGCUGCAGCUCCGGCCACCCACACCCCGGGGCCAUUCAGGGGGACUUUUGGACCUUACGUCCAGCCUAAGUUGGCCCAAGUGGCCAGGGUCCAGCGUGGCAAGGCCCGCAUCGAGAGGCGCCACCUGAGCCGCAACCGCAUCCAACGCCAAAACCGCACCAGAGAGCAGGUUCCUCGUCACGCAAGCCACGCUCGCAACACCUUCCUUCACCAGCCUGGCAAGCGUAACUUCUGCCACUAAACCUCCAAACCACCGGAGUGCUGUUUACUCUGAGGGCAUUAAAGGAGCCGAGUCAAUUUUAUACACAUUUAGUGCAUUUAACAUGUCUGCUUUCAUUUUGGCGCAUUCCUUCAAAAGUUUUGCAUUCUGUAGUCUUCUGCUGCCCUAUUUUGCUCUUAAAAAACACUCGCCCUCAGAGUAGCUCAUAGAGUAGAACUUAAAAUCCUUACUGCAGCAGCCAAACAAAAAAGUUUAGGUUUUAAAAAUUAAAAAAAAAAAAAAAAUUUAGCUAUAUUGAUUUCUUCUUCAUAGUCUUUCUUUUACUCUCACCCCAAGCAUUCUUUAUAUCAAUACAACCAUAAAAUCAUUUUAUGUUCAAAAGUGAUUUUCUCUGACUGAACAGACGAUAAUUGAGGGAACCUUGCAUCAAAGAUAAAAAAUGGUUUAACCUUAUUUGCAGAAAAACAAGCCAUCAUUUCCUGAAAGCUUAAUUUUGAGUUACAGCCACCGUCCAGUUUUAUUUUUGUAGAUGGAUAUUCUGGAUGAGGACUGUUGUGAUGACAAGCACAAAAAUACAUGUUUGCAUUGUGGCAAACAAUUUCAUCAUAUAAAAUAAACGUGCGAUUUCUUCCUCAGUACAUUUCGAAGGGUGAGAGCAAGAAAGAGAUGGUGGGAGGAUGACCAAAACAGACUAAAGAAUCAAUGAUGCAGUGAAUUAGUACAAUGGCGUGUGAUAAAGAAAAGGAAAGUGGGACAUGACCCUCCAAAGCAGUCUUGUUUUUUUCUCACAUUAAAGAGCAGAAUUUCCUUUCACUUUUUAUGUUAGACAAUGGUUGACUAUCAAUAUAAAAAGUUGAAUAUUUAAAUGCUCAUAAUUAUAAGCAAGAUGACGAGAUACAAGCUUCGGCGUUGAGUCAAAGAGAAUGGCAGAAUAUUGUAAGUGCAGAACGAUAGAAAUGGCUUACAAUCUUUUUUUGUUGUUGUUAAUUGUAAAGUUUGCAAGGUUCCACCAAUAUCAACGUUCAUACGAAGAGAAUGUGCCCAUUUGAUUAAACAAAAUGAAUUAAAACUUGCUGCACUUGCAGCAUGACUCAAUGUUGUCAUCUUCUACCUGAAGCUAAGGGCCCAGCACACACCAGACAUAGUGUGUGCUGCGAUAUUUCACAUUAUACAUCACAUUGUAUACAUUAGUUGCUUUAAAUAUUAAAAAAAUAUAUAUCCCUGGCUGCUAAGGAGUCAGAUUUGAAGAAAUGGGGAAAUGUUCCAUCAGUUUGUCUGAACAUUGCUGUCUCCUUGUAUGCACACCAAACUCUUAACAUGGUUCACUGAGAAGCCGAGCUUAAAGACAUGUAUUCAACAACAAUAGUAAACAAUGGUGCUGAUGUGUAUACUAAUGUUUGUAAAUUAUUCGAAACAUGGAUGUAAGUUUGCACUGUCAUACAUUUCUGUGAGUCUAAGGUUUUAGCAGUGUGCUGUGUGCUUGUGUUUUACUUUUGAGACCUUUCCCUCCCGCCCUCUUUUUUGUGUGUAAGAAAGUUAAAAUCUCCUAAAAAAUAUACAGUAUGAUAGUUCUUUAUUACUCUUGUAAAUAUUCUAAAGCAAUUUAUAGCACUCUGUUAGAUGUCAAAGCCUCUAAAGACCCGAUUCCGCAAUCUUGAGUUCAAUGGGAGUGAGGUAAAUCCUCUUUUGCCUCAGCUCGGUGCUCCUAAUCACAGGACAUCUCCCACCCCCCCUAGUUUGAGUUACAUCUUGCUGAGGAGGAGCACAAUAAAAAUCGUUCUAUAGGCUCAGGGUUGAUGUGCCAUAGGCUCACAGUGCCUCCCAGAGGCUCCACUCUGCCGAGUACUUGCCGAUCGUGUACUCUGGUGAGGACACUGACAUGGUUGCAAUACAAUCUGUACUGCUGUGUGGAAAAGACCGAGUGGCAAACUGGUGAUGCAUUCACAAUCUUGGGAAAGGGAAAGAGUGUUUCCUUUUGAAAUUGUCUAUUAAUGUCCUUUUUUAAUAACAUACCCAAAUAGCUUUUUGUUCGUCGAUUAAUUUCAUAAAAAUACUAUAAUAAAGUAUUAUGUUAAUUUCAGUUUUUUCUUUUCCGUUAACUGCUUUUGUAUCUCUUUCGGGGAUAGACACACUUAAUGAGAAAACACUGAUCAAUGUGUGCGAGUGUGAAAAAAUGGUGUCUUUUUUUUGCCUCACUUUUGUCAUGUAAGAAGGAAAUGUGCUGUCAGUGUGUUGUGUGAUCAUUCGGAAGUGUGCGCUCAAGAGUAAAAGACAUCCAAAUAUGUGCUAAGGGAGUGCAUACUAUUUGUUGAGCUUCUAUGAUGUGAUGUGAGUGGAAAGGUAAAUUAUAAGGCAGGUUACAUAGUUUAUAUUUAAAGAAAUCAAAAAAAAUGUGUAUGUAUCAUAAUAAGAAAAUAUGCUUGUAUUUUCCUGUAUAGUAAUUAGAGAUACGGUGUUUAUAUGAAAAACAUUGAAUGUCUGGGGAGUUUCUGAUGUUUAUUUUUUGCCCUGAAAUGAUGGCAGCUUACCAACACAUGGAAAUUGGCCCAUGUUGCAUCUCAAGUAGUCCACUCCUCCCCGAUUAAAUUAAAUAUUUAGACACAUAAAAUGUUGUGUAUCUGAUAUUUAUGGUGAUUGUGCCUUUCACUUUUUCUGCAUGUUUUUUGUUAUGUAAUGAUUUAUUGAUCCGUUAUGUGGACACUUGUCCACGGAGAGGCAAAACCUAUGCAAAAUGAGCUGACGGGUAUUCCAGCAGCGAUUCAAAAACCACAGGUACCCACACACACCCCCCAAAAAAACAAUAAAUGCUCAGGUUAAUGCCUGAA